ACUGAAUGCGUGUGUGUUGAACCGUAGAUCACAAAGAGGAAUCCGCAGACCGAAAGCGCGCGGCGGCGCCCCGCAAUCCGCCACACAAUGUAGCAGAACCGAUCCGCCGGACCGCACACGAGACGAGAGUCCAGUCUGACCGGACCGGAGUCAACUGAACUAUGCCCAGCGCCGAGAGAACUUUACCCGAACUCGAGAGGAACUCUUUCUUACACUGCGACAUGGCGGAGAGAGGUGUUGAUGUGAACACCCUCAGCAUCCCUGUGCCCAUGCGAAGAGGGGGCUCAGAGACGUGCUUAGACCUAGAUUCAGAUCUAACAGUACGGGACGGCCCGCGAUCACGAUUUGGCCUGGACAGCCUCCAACAAAAGAUCCUCAAAGUAAAAGAACAGCUGCGAAUUGAGCAAAACCUACAAGAUGAGAACGUGGCUGAAUAUCUUAAACUCAUCAACUGUGCAGACAAACAGCAGAGUGGCCGUAUUAAACAAGUGUUCGAGAAGAAGAACCAAAAAACUGCCCACAACAUCUCCCAACUCCAGAAAAAACUUGAGCAGUAUCAGCGCAAGAUGAAAGAGUCAGACAUCUCCAACGGCACCAAACACGCAACGCCAAAAGACAAAGACAACGACAACCUCAAAGAAACUGUGGUCACCGGAAGCGGACGACAUCCACAUUUGGACAAAGUCAAAACCAUCGGCCCUGGAGUUUCUUUAUCUCCGCCGUUCUUCUUUAGCAAGCCCAGGGAAAUCGCAAACCUUAUUCGCAACAAAUUCGGCAGCGCUGACAACAUCGCCCACCUGAAAAGCUCAAUGGAGACUGGGUCUGGGUUGCAGGCGGAAGCGGGAGCCCGGAUUUUAAGCGGCAGCGCCACAUUGACCCCGAAACCUAAAUAUCCGAGUGAUGACGAGUGUUCCACCGAGACGUCAGUUUCUGUGGAAAGUAAUGGGCAGGUGACUGGAUCGGGCACCACCGGGCAACACAGCGGAUCUGCAAGAGAAGCUGAAGUCAAUAGCCGACUGCUGGAGGCCUGUGAGGAGAUCCGGGAGUUGAGGGAAGCUCAGAGUCUCCUGGCUGACGACAUCGAGACACUCAAGAACCAGUUUAAAUGUGAAGUGGAGAACAUCACGCAGACACUACAAGAGGAGCGAUACAGGUGUGAGCAUCUAGAAGACCAGCUGAACGACCUGACAGAGCUCCAUCAGAAUGAAACCGCAAACCUCAAACAGGAGCUCGCGAGCAUCGAGGAGAAGAUGGCCUAUCAGGCUUAUGAACGAGCUCGAGAUAUACAGGACGCUUUGGAAGUCUGUCAGACGCGUGUCAGUAAACUAGAGCUCCAGCAACAGCAGCAGCAGGUCUUGCAGUUGGAAGGCACCGACGCCAAAGUCCUGCUGGGAAAAUGCAUCAACAUCAUGCUGGCCAUCGUCACCGUGAUCCUGGUUUGCGUCUCCACCGCUGCUAAAUUCUCCGCUCCGUUGAUGCGAAGUCGCCUACAUGUGUUCGGGACACUAGUAUGUGUGUGUUUACUGUUGUAUAGCUGGAGCAACUGGGAGCAUCUGCAGUGCGCAAUAGAGAGAAUGCUGCUUCCCAGAUGAGGGUCGGGAAACAUGGCUUUGUGUGGUGAAUUUCUUCUGAUUAAGUGCUCCUCAAUGGGAUUUUCCCUUCACAAUGUGACUGUCCCAAGACAAUGGCUUUAAUUGACUUUUUUAUCUGUCUAUUUUGUUUGUUUUUUUGUAUCGGGAAGAGUUGGUAUUGAUGAUGUACUGUAGCAGAAACGGGUCCAUCUAGGUGACUGUAUUGUUUAGUAAUGUUUUGUUUGUCAUCUGUGUCUUAAAAGAAAAGGUUCACUAC